AUGGCCUUCAGUUCUUUUCCCGGCGAUGACCUGAGGUUGUUGAUUGUUGCGAAAGCCAGAAAUAACGCUGGAAAUAAAGAUGGCUUUUGUUACAUCGGUUGCGAUGUAGAAAGACAUAAACUUAUGAGGCCAGUUAAACGAACAAGUACUUCCCGCUGGUUCCCGGAGAAAGAUGAAGAUCUUAAGUUCUUGUGUCCCAGCAGACCAGCAGCAGACCGUUCUGAUUUCAUCGAGUUGUACGACAUUCUAGAAGGACAGAGUCAUCAAACUGUUAAAAGAGUGUUUGGAAAUCUGGAUCAAUUUAAUGGCGAAUACUUCUUAGAGCACAGCAAGUGCCCAUCUGUUGGGGUAUAUAUUAAGUGCAAAAAGGAAAACUUAGAGAUAAUAACAGUGCAGGGGAGACGGAGAUGUAAAAUUACUGAAGAGGGAACAAUUGUAGGCAACUAUAUGAUCACCGCAGUAGAUGAUGGACUUCUAGAUGUCGACUCAAGUGAAGAUGUGUUGGUGAUAUUAGUGUCAAUAGCACGUGGGAAAUUAAAGCUACUUAGAAGAACGAUCAAGAUGAGUACGAAAGCUGCAGGCCGUAGAAACGCUGUCCCCACAGUGGAACAGAUCACUUCAGAUCGAAUCACUCAGCUUGCAAACCAAUACUGGGCUCCAGGAAAAGGCAAGAAACCCUUUAAACCUCAGAUUGUCGAUGAUAUUUACUGAAAGGAAAUAAAAGGAAGCAAAUUUGCAGUGAAACGUGCCAUGCUUCUAGAAUUCAGUCAAUACCUGGAGAAUUACCUGUGGGCCAACUUUAUUUCAAGCAAGGCCUCUGUGGAGCAUGUAAUGUCCGUGGUAGUUAUGGUGAAUGAGAAGUUCAGAGAAGGCGUUCCACCCUGGGAGUCAUUCAAGGAAAACCCACAACAGUUCCAUGGGUUUUUUCAACGCAUUAUAGAAAUAAGCUUGGCAGGUGAAGAUGUCCUAUCCAUCAGGGAACAGUCAAUAAUCUUGAGCUUUUUAAUUCACUGUUUUAACAGUCUGGAAAUGGAUCUCAUCAGGGAACAACUGCAGCACUUAGUAUCUCUUCCAAUGUGGAUUUGUCUUCUUCCGGAACGUUUAGAACAGGAAUUAAAGAGUGUGCAAAAGUACAGAAAAUAUUGGAACCACAUAAAGAAAAGAGACGCACAGGCAGAUGAACAAACCAAGACAAAACGUACACAUCGACACACGCAUAUAAUUGUAAAAUUCAAAGUCUCUAAUUCAAUUUUUCUCCAAUCCUUACAGGUUUCUAGACACGAACGUCGCCUUUCACAGAUUGACGCCAUAAAUGAAAUGCCACUGUAUCCUACAGAACAGAUUUUGUGGGAUGAAAAUAUUGUUCCAACAGAAUAUUAUUCAUCAGAAGACACGUUAGCUCUUCCAAAGUUAAACCUGCAGUUUUUGACGCUUCAUGAUUAUCUUCUAAGGAAUCUGAAUCUCUUCAGACUGGAAUCUACAUUUUUCAUUAGCAAAAAGAAAAAGAAGAACAGCCAACAAUGUCAUCACUUCUUUUUUACGUAUACUUCUCUUUGGUUUCAAUGUACUAAAAAUUAUUUGUUUUUCUACUUUUGCUUUCGGCAGAAAAUAGUGAACUUUAGCGUGAUAGAGGUGUCCAAACCUAACAUUGGAGAGACACGCCCAUCUCAAGUCAGAGCUGAUGUCACCAUUAACUUGAACAUGAGAGAUAUUGUGAAAGCAGAGUGGGAAGCAUUAAGGAAACAUGACGUGGUUUUUCUGGUCACUGUACGGCCGACCCAGAGAGGGCCAGUGAAAUAUGAUCGGACAAAGCCGUUUAGAGAGCAGGUAAUUUUGCUGCAACGAGGUUCAACUGAAGUGGAUCGUGGCGAAUCGAGAGAUCAGGGUCCUGAGCCAAAGCCUGAAUUUAAAGGAGAUGAGAGAACAUUCCGCUUGUGGCUGGACACGAAUCAAUAUCAACAGGACAUGGCCGAGACUGUUCAUGGAUCAGAGGAUGUUUACGAGACUUUCAACAUCCUUCUGAGGCGGAAACCGAAAGAAAACAACUUCAAGGCUGUUCUAGAAACCAUCCGUGAUCUGAUGAACACAGAGUGCAUUGUUCCAGAUUGGCUUCAUGAUAUCUUCCUGGGUUAUGAUGAUCCCGGAGCGGCUCAUUACAGCAGAAUGCCAAACCAGAUCCGAACACUGAACUUCAACGACACGUUUCUCGACUUUGAACACCUCAAGUCGUGCUUUCCCCAGUAUUCAGUUAAGUGCACUACGGACAACCCAGCUGAACAAAUCCCACCCUUCAAGAUAACAUUUCCUGAGACGUCUUCUUCGAGCAAGAAACGGAAACACGAUGAAGACGAACCAAAGGAAGUGAAUCAAGAGCUGCUGGUGGAGCCAUUUGUGGUUCCUAACCGCGGACCGUAUCCCUUUAAUCAGCCUAAAAAGAAUGCUGUUCCAUUCACCGCCACACAAGUAGAAGCCAUCAGAGCUGGAAUGCAGCCGGGUCUCACUAUGGUCGUUGGACCUCCCGGUACAGGAAAGACAGAUGUGGCUGUACAGAUCAUUUCCAACAUUUAUCACAACUUCCCAGAACAAAGAACACUGUUGGUGACUCAUUCUAAUCAGGCUUUGAAUCAACUGUUUGAGAAAAUCAUGGCUUUGGACAUCGAAGAACGUCACUUACUUCGUUUGGGACACGGAGAAGAAGCAUUGGAAACAGAGAAAGAUUUCAGCAGGUAUGGUCGAGUGAACUUUGUUCUUGCGAGCAGACUGGAACUUUUGAAGGAAGUACAACGACUACAGGAAAGCCUUGAUGUUCAUGGUGAUGUUUCAUAUACGUGCGAGACAGCGGGUUAUUUUUACCUGUAUCAGGUUGUAUCUCGUUGGGAAGAAUACACGGCAAAACUGAAAACACGGAAAGGAGAGGUUGCUGCUAUAUCAGAACUUUUUCCUUUCACGAAAUUCUUUGAUAAUGCACCGCAACCUGUGUUUAAAAUGGAAACCUGCGAAGAAGAUAUGGAGAUUGCUGAGGGCUGCUACAGAUACAUCAAGAAGAUCUUUCAACAGUUAGAGGAGUUCAGAGCAUUUGAGCUUCUUCGUAGUGGUCGUGAUCGAACAAACUACUUGCUUGUGAAAGAAGCUAAGAUUAUUGCCAUGACUUGUACCCAUGCCGCUCUCAAGAGAAGGGAUCUGGUGGAGCUUGGGUUUAAGUAUGAUAAUGUGUUGAUGGAAGAAGCUGCGCAGAUAUUGGAGAUUGAGACUUUUAUACCGCUCUUGCUUCAGAAUCCUGAAGAUGGAUACAAUCGAAUGAAGAGGGUUAUUCUCAUCGGAGAUCAUCACCAGCUCCCCCCUGUUAUAAAGAACAUGGCUUUCCAGAAGUUUUCCAACAUGGAACAAUCCCUUUUCACGAGAUUUGUACGCCUGGGUGUUCCCACAGUUGAACUUGAUGCUCAAGGACGAGCGAGAUCCAGCUUGUGCAGUCUCUAUAACUGGAGGUAUAACAAACUUGGCGAUCUGCCUCAUGUUCACACUUGGCCAGAAUACUGUGUGGAGAAUCCUGGCUUUUUCUUUGAUAAUCAGCUGAUCGACGUGCAAGAUUUUAACGGGGUGGGAGAAUCAGAACCUAAUCCUUACUUUUAUCAGAAUCUAGGUGAAGCCGAAUACGCUGUGGCUAUCUUUAUGUACAUGCGCUUGAUUGGUUACCCCGCCGACAAGAUCGCCAUCCUGACUACAUACAACGGACAGAAACAUCUUAUUCGUGACGUCAUACGACAGAGGUGUGCAAACAACCCGCUGAUUGGACAACCGAGUAAGGUGACCACAGUGGAUCGUUACCAGGGGCAACAGAACGACUACAUCAUUCUGUCACUUGUCCGCACCAAGACCGUGGGUCACAUCCGGGAUGUACGCCGUCUUGUGGUCGCCAUGUCACGUGCAAGGCUCGGUCUCUAUGUGCUAGCACGUGUCAGCCUCUUUAAGAACUGUUUUGAACUCAGACCUACUUUCGCUCAGUUGACCAGCAGACCGUUGAAACUCUACCUCGCUACAAGUGAGAGAUAUCCACCAUCCCGACAGCGUGGAGUUCCUCCAGCUGAACGACCUUUUAUUGUUCAGGAUAUGCCUCAGAUGCAUCGCUUUGUAUAUGACUACUACAGUCACUACGUUGAAUCACUGAGAGCUCAGAGAGAGGUAUGAUUAACUAAGNUGGCCAACAUUCCACAGCCACCAGAAGAAGAAAAGGAAGAGGAAGAAGCUGAACAAAGUGAUGACAAAGAAGAAGAAGAAAAAAAUGGCACUGAGGAUGCGGGCGAACUGAAGGGACAAGGAUCACCAAUUGUCAAUGAAGUUGAGGAAAUGGAAGCGAACGAAAAUUAACACUUUGUAAAGAGCUUCGCAUGGUCUUACCUAAGUAUUUCUGAGUAAAAUAACGAAGAGCUCGGCUAGACAAGAACCUCACAUGCAAAAUGUUUGUCGUUUUCGGGACAAAGGGUACUGAUGUACAAUUGUAAGGAAAAGUCCUUGUUAUGUUAUGGAGCAGCUCUCUUCAGAAGGUCUUUCCUCAUUUGUUCGUUACUACACCAAAUGAAUUAUGACACUGUUCCUACACUUGUAGAAAAUCUGUAUUUGUGUAAAAACAUGUCUCCCAGACUGAGCCCGCGACCUUUGCGACGUGCCCCAGUUGUAACUGGAUUGUAAUCCUUAUUUCUGAUUGGACAACAUGAAGCAGAGAGUAUCUAUGUACCUCAACAAGGAUCUUCACAAAAGUG